AUGUUUUCUAUUCUGUGUUUUAGUCAAAUAGCUAAAAGCAAACAACCGAAUAUAAUUUUAAAACUUGUUUCAGCAAAACUUGAACCAUCAGGAAUGGCUGGUUAUAAAAUUGGUUAUACAGUGGAUGAAGAUAAUUUGAUACUGAAAUUAAUAAUUGAUACAAAAGCAUACUAUGUUUUGAGAGGUAGAGCCUAUUGGGUAGAUUUAGUGACUACAGGUUUAUUUGAUAAAUGUAGAACUUGGAUGAGUUUACAGAAUCGUUUUGAAAAAAAGAUUUUGCCAAACAUUAUGAAUCCAAACUAUACGAUAUCCGAAGAAGAGAAACAUAAGUUGGUGUUGGCGUGGCAGCAGAGUGCCGAUGAUUUUCGUGAUAGUGGUGGUAGUGAUGAUGACGACGACGAUGAUGAUGAUACCGAUAUUGAUGAAGAUAAUUAAUUUAGACCAAUAACACAUAGUACCUACAUUUAAAAACAGAGAAACCGAAGACUAGAUUAAA